AUGUCAACAAACACUGCCACCGCAAAACACAAGCAUCACAAGGAGAGGAUCUCCGCGGAGUUCAAGUCAGACGGCGUUGUAGAAGGUCGAGUGCCCAUUAAACCACAGGAUGAGGUGGACAUUCAGGGUGCCCGAGAAGUUCUUGAAAUGCGCUCUCAUCGAAAUCUCGGAAAGGCUUACAAAGUCAAGGUUAUCGGCACUGAUACCCGACUUAUAAUCAAGCGUAAAUCGGUAGUUGGUUCGGGGCAACGCGAAUUAUCACUGCUGUGCAAUGAGGUCUACCGAUUCUUUAUUUUUGCUCGGGAUCCUAAGUUGGUGAUACUUGUGGUGCCUGAUCAGUCAGAGGGCAAACGUGCCUAUCUAUUGUUGAAGAUGAAGAGUGAAUCUGACGCAAAUCGUGUUUGUAAUGUCAUCCAGAGCGGACGAAAACGUUUGAACAGCCAGGCACCAUUGCCUGCACAACCGGAGGCCACAUCGCCUGGUCAAUCACGAGCUUCCGAAAGUGCAAUAUCUGAAGAACCCGAAGUGGAAAUGCAGGAAAAUGGGAAAAGUGUGGACAAGCCAUCAUCCUAUGAGGUGGAGGAAGGGAAUGAUCAUUCUGAAGACGAGGAAUCGGAAGCUGCCUCCGAAAGCACUACAAAAAGCAUUCAUACCAGAACACCAGACACCUCACCACGUACUAUAUCGCCCAGAAAAGCCUCCGAGACUGAAUCUAAGCCGGAGGUGAACGAAAUUGCCGUUCAUAGCACACCAGAAGUGCGAUCUGCAUUCCCAGCCAUGCUGAAUCCAAGAAAGCCCGAAUCCGAAAAGGAGGAUGACGAGGAGGACACCUCUCCACGCACUCUUCCACGCACACCACUACACAGUGGGCCGCCUUCCACAAAGGCGAACAAGAAGAAACAGCAACAUCGACGGGAGCCACCACGCAUCGAGGAGAUGUAUGUGGAACCUCCGAAAAAUUGGAAGGUUGCUCAACCCAUAUGUGCCAGACGGGAAGAGGAGUUACGCGAAGCUUUACUAGUUGACAUGUACGACGAUGAUUGGGCUGUGGAUGUAAAACUAAUAAAGACGGAUGGUGGUUUUGGAAGUCGACUGUCAGAUUCCGGGAACGUCUACAUGUUUACUGCACAUCACCUAGUCCCGGAGAACUACAGCUACUUCGAGUGUAGUUCGAGCAGUGAUGAAGAGGUGGAAUUAAGAGAGAAACCCAUGAGAAGAGUCAACAGACCAACCAACAGUGGAAUAGGGAGACGCAUCUCGUCGAGCAGUGAAAGCGAUAGACGAAACAGCUACGCGGGCAUGGGUCGGGCUUAG